UUUGUCAAAUUUGUCAACUCAAAUUGGGAAUUGGAUUUUGCUUAGAAAUGUACUUUGUUGCAAAUUAAUUUGUGUAUUUUUACCAAUUAAUUAAUAAGUUACGCGAUAGCUUAUCAAAUUUAGUGUAUAAAUAAGUAAAAUUGAGGUUUUUUGUUCGAUAGUUUCAGUGUGGAAGUGUAACUCAAUGCAAGUUGCAGUUAUUGAUCGAAAAAUUUGCAAAUUAGGUUGAUCUACUUUUUAUUUAGUGUUUCUUUCCUUAUCGGUGUAAAUGAUAACUGUUUAAAUAAACAAGAUAAACGGCUACGCCUCCUUUAAACCAGUCGCUGCAUUCGUACUUUCAUUUCUACAACACUUUAAAAAGUAAUCUAAAAUGGCGAGCGAGACCAGUUCAGCAGUACUGGAUCUCAACGAUGUGGACACUACAGACACGGAGGUGUGCAGCGUGGCGGACGACAGGGAGGGGUCGCCGCUCAUCAUGGAACCGGGACUGGAUAUUGCUGUUAAGGUCGAUGCGCCGAUGAAGCAGCUCUCAACACUAGAGACGUACGUGACGUAUCGAGUGCGUUGCGUGUGCGCACGGUGGCCGACGCCGCCGUAUGUCAGACGGAGGUUUAACCAUUUUAAGCUGCUGCACAAGCGGCUGAGCGCGUGCCAGCCGCUCGUCACCACCCCGCCCCUCCCGCCGCUGCACUCCGCGCGGCAGCAACUCGACAGGUACUCGCCGACAUUCGUUGCUGUGCGGGCGCUGGCGUUGGACGCGUUUAUGGACCGAAUCGCAAAACAUCCGAUACUGACACACUGUGAGGAUUUUAAACUUUUCCUCAUCACCCCUGACGAAGAUUUUGAUAAGGUAUUUAAAAGUGAAAACAGCGCAUUGAAUUUAUGGGGUCUCAGCAGCGCCCUCUACGGGAAUAAUGAAGCGAAGAGUAACAAUGGUGCCAGAGUAAAAGACCCAGAGUUCACCGCUGCGGCGGACUACAUGCAGUCUCUGCAGCAGAAGCUAACUACUCUGUGCACGCUCACAAACAAACUGUACAAGGGCUCUGUGUCGCUUAGCGGCGAAUAUGCUAGUUUACGUCGCGCGUGUGACGCAUGGGCGGUAUGCGCGGGGGGGCGGUGCGCGCGAGCCGCGGGGGCGCUGGGGGCGGGCGGGGGCAGUGCAGCGGCGGCCCGGGCGCGCGCCCCGCUGCGGCACCGCGCCGCGCUGCCGCUGCUCGCCGCGUAUGCGCGCGCGCACCUCGACAAGAUCCGCGCGAGGGACGCGCUGCACGCUGCGUACGUCUCUGGCACCAACCAGACGGAUGAAUGUCACAACAGACUAGAGCAAGCCUCCGAAGCGUUAAGAUCUGAACUAUCAGAUUGGAUACCGAAAACGCGGUCAGAAAUCAAAUCCCUCCUACUAGACCUCGCUGACAGACAAGUGGCCAUGCAUUCCCAAUCCCUCAUGGGCUGGGAAGCGGCUUUAAAACUAUCAAAUGAAACAGACAUAAGCGAACUGUUCAAAACAGUAUCGAAAACGGCUGUACAAAAUUUAUCACCUUCAAAAUGUCCUACAGACAAUGAUUUUGACAACAGUGAAAUUGACAGCGACCUAGAUACAGAUAAAAAAGAAAGUUUCAAUGGCUAUGAGCAAGAUCUGGGAAUUAAUGAUGAUAAUGAAAAUAAUGAUUCCGAAACGUAUUCCAAUUUUAAUGAUGUUAAUGAUAAAGAUGAUAAUAUCAUUAAUGAUAAUCAUGAUCAAAUUAAUGAUAAUAAAAGCAAUGAAGAAAGAAGUAAUGAAGAAAGAAGUAAUGAUAAAUCGACAGAAUUUUCCGACCCUUUGCAAAGUUUCACAGACGUGGAAUUGUCCUGAUUGUGCGAUACGCUAUUCUGUGAUGUCUUCCGACAGAUUGCACAUUGAACUGUAUAUAUUAUUGAAUAAAUUAUCAAAUUUUUAGUGUA